AUGUUGAAGACAUUGUGUUUAAAUGGGAAUCCAAUUGAUUCCUUUGAUUCCUUUCCGGACUGUGUUAGAACACUUACCCGACUUGAGGUACUCAGUGUUGGAGAAUGUUCCAUGUUGAAGUCAGUAUUGUGCCCUCCACGUACAAUCAAACGUUUGUUUACUCAACAGUGUUUAUCACUUAUUAAAAUAACAUUCCGAGAAGAGAUAUCGACACCACCACUUGUCUUUUACCAAGAUUCAAUGUCAUUGACCAAAGUUCAAGGGAUAAUCAAAAUUCAAGCCAUAGCAGAAAUUGAUGAUAAGAUAUUAUGUAGUUUGGGGUGGAAAAUUUUAAAACCUGUGAAAGAUCACAAGGUCAAGAUUUGGGAUUCAUACAUGUGGUCUCGUGUAAAGAAACUUCCUGUCCAUAUGUAUUAUGAAUUUGGAAUAUUUAGCAUAUGUUAUCCAGGAAAAGUAGUUCCAGAUUGGCUAGCUCAUAGAAGAAAUGGCACAAGGAUGGAUUAUGAUUACGAUAUAGUGUGGUUAAGCCAUUGGAUGUUUAGGAACAAUGAGAUUGAAAAUGGUGAUGAAGUUAGUGUCACCAUAGUAGAGGAAGAGGAUGAUGGUGGUGUAAUGAUAAAAGAAUGUGCAGCCGGUCUUGUCUACAAUGAUAGAGACAAUGAAGAAGAUCCUUUGAGUUAUUACAAAUUGUGGAAACAUAUCAUUGAUGGAGAUCUGUCUGCCUUUCGGUUAACCUCAGGAGAUUACUUCCUAACCCAUGAUCGUUUUUAUAAUCCUCCCCAUAGAUUCAAAGACCUUUUUGAACAUAAAACAACUCAUAAUUUAGUUGGCUACACUCCCCAAUAUAAAGGGAACGAAGAAGAAGAAGAAAGGGAAAGAAGAAGGGCUCGGUGGUGGCAGAUUGAUCGCAAAGAGGAGGGAAAAAAAGUGUGA